CCCAUAGAUAUAUACAAAAAAUAAAACUCACAUUUUCCAGAGAUUUUCAUAAUUCUCAGAUCGCCGGAAUGAAGAGAGUCAGCCGUAUCGCCGCCAUAUACCGAGCCGUCGACACAACCGGCGCCGUACCGGCGCCGCAACACAGGAUAUCUACGGCGGCUCAGUAUAGCACUACGAGCAAUAACAAAUCUUCUUUCAGGUCUAACUGGUUAGUAUUCAACAAUUUGGUGACUGAUCUAUCUGUUAGAAGAACUGCAGCUCAUGCUGUUACUGGAACAAUGCUUUUCUCUGUGGCGGCUACAACGUUGACUGAGGAAGUCAAAGCUAAAGAAGCUGUGCCGUUAGAAUUACGACCGAAAGAACUUGUUCUUUAUCAGUAUGAAGCUUGUCCUUUCUGUAACAAGGUUAAAGCAUUCCUUGACUACUAUGACUUACCAUACAAGAUCAUUGAGGUCAACCCCAUCAGCAAAAAAGAACUCAAGUGGUCUGAUUAUAAAAAAGUGCCUGUUCUGAUGGUUGAUGGUGAACAGAUGGUGAACUCAUCAGAUAUAAUCGAUAAAUUGUUCGAGAAGGUUCGUUCUGCUGAUUCUACCUCUGAUGCCGAUGAAGAGAGCAAGUGGCGCAAGUGGGUGGAUGAUCACUUGGUGCACAUGUUAUCACCCAACAUAUAUAGAAAUACCUCAGAAGCUCUUGAAUCGUUCGAUUACAUCACUAGUCAUGGUAAUUUCAGCUUUACGGAGAGAAUAACUGCCAAAUAUGCUGGAGCCGUAGCGAUGUAUUUUGUUUCAAAAAAAUUGAAGAAGAAAUACAAUAUUACAGACGAGCGUGCAGCCCUGUAUGAAGCUGCAGAAACAUGGGUUGAUGCUCUGAAGGGACGAGAUUUUCUUGGUGGCUCUAACCCAAACUUAGCUGAUCUUGCUGUAUAUGGCGUUUUGAGACCCAUUCGCUACCUGAAGUCUGGUAAAGACAUGGUGGAGAACACACGUAUUGGUGAUUGGUACUCUCGGAUGGAAAGUGCAGUAGGCGUGUCUUCUAGAAUUGAAGCUUGAGUGACAUCUAUCGGUUAAUUGGAAAAUCACAAGCAGGAACAAUUUUUGAAAGGAGUUGAUUACAGUUUUGAGAAAGAAUAUUACUCUCAAGCUAGUGACAAAUUAAUAUAUAAAGGAGGUGCACUUUAACAAAUUUUUGGUAGUUAAGGGUACAAAAUAAAUUUGGAUGUGGGUUUGUUUCUAUUUUACAUUGACUUAUUCUUCUGGAUGAAAGUUGUAUUUGAGGUGUGCUGAGACAAAUAAUUCUUGCAGUUUGCCACUAUUUUGUUGCCAAUGUUGUAGACUCGUCACUUUCAUGUGCCAAUUUUACUACUGAUUUGUCCUUCCAGAAUACAGUGGGACCUUUUCUCCUAACAA